AUGACGACUCGUUAUCGCGUUGAAUGUAAUGGUUUACUGGCAGUCCCAUUUGUGUUGCACUCCCAGCCCACUGCCAACUAUCAUGAACACAGUGAGGGGUCGGUCGCCGCCGACACCUAUCAACGUUAUGCCGAAAUUAUGCGCGAUGUUGAAAACUUGAUAGUCGAUCACAUUCAACAUCACGAACGGAACGCUCCCGGCAAAUCCAAGCUGAAGCUAUUGGUCCCCUCGGUCGGCACUUUUUUUACCAAAUUACACAUCGAAGAUGCCUUCAAGUACCAAGAUGAUCGACGAUUCAUCAGCAGACGGAGAUUCGUUGCGCCAUCGUUCAACGAUAUCCGGCUUAUCUUGAAUUCGGCCCAACUCCUGGGUCUGGUUCGCUCUAGCGAGGUCCAAUUGAUCACUUUUGAUGGAGAUGUUACUCUCUAUGAUGAUGGUGCCUGUUUGACUGCCGAUAACCCUGUGAUCCCACGGAUCCUACGACUCUUGCAUCAAGGGCGCAAAGUCGGCAUUGUGACCGCGGCAGGCUACGAAGAAGCUCCCAAAUAUUACGGUCGCUUGCACGGUCUCUUGGAUGCCGUACACGACUCUAACACCUUGACCCCCGCCCAGAAACAAGGCAUUAUUGUGAUGGGCGGUGAAAGCAACUUCCUAUUCCGCUUCGACCAGGACUCCGAAGUUCGUUUGACCUAUGUUCCUCGCGAGGAGUGGUUGCUCGAUGACAUGAAGGCAUGGGCGGAUAGUGACAUCAAAGAGCUUCUUGACCUGGCCGAGUCUGCACUUCGAGACUGCGCCGGCAAUUUGAAUCUCCCGGCUGGCGUUUUGCGCAAGGAUCGAGCUGUGGGUGUCUAUCCGGUGAAUGGGGUUCGAAUCAACCGCGAACAGUUGGAAGAGACCGUCCUCACAGUCCAAAACACCGUGGAGAGGUCUGGUGUUGGUGCGCGCUUGCCCUUCUGUGCUUUUAACGGCGGCAACGAUGUCUUCGUUGAUAUUGGCGACAAGUCGUGGGGUGUGCGCGUGUGUCAACAAUACUUUGGCGGCAUUGACCCUUCCAAGACUCUGCAUAUCGGUGAUCAAUUCCUGUCCGCUGGCGCGAACGAUUUUAAGGCUCGUUUGGCGUCAACCACCGCUUGGAUUGCAAGUCCCGCCGAAACCGUCGACCUUUUGGAUGAGCUGGAGAGUGCAGUGAACCCUUGA